GCACGUCUCGUUAUAACAGGUACUUGGAGUGGUACAGGUGGAGAGUGGUGGACGCUGGUGGCGGCGACCUGGUGGGGGAGGCCAUCACUGGGAACCACCUACACGUGUACUCGCUACUCAAGCGCCUGGUCCUCCUGUGGCCCGCGGUCCGCGAGGAACUCUACCAUCACCAAGAAAACGUGACGUGUGAGGACCAACUCAAGUACUGUUCAGAGUGGCAUGAGGAGGGACGCUGCUUCCAGGAACCCGAGAUGAUGAUGGCAAGAUGUCAGCGUUCUUGUGGAGGCUGCGAGCUUACUGAUCGCGUUGAGGCGGUACGGGGAGCUGAACGGAGCUUACCACUGCCGCCGGUGGAGGCCCUCGACCGCGCGGCCACAAUGCUUGCCGUCCUCCAGCGGGUCUACAACCUCAGUAUGAGCAGUCUCGUGAAUGGACGCAUCUUUACCGUCGUCACCAGUGUUCGACUCAACCUAUGGGACUGCUUCAGGGUUGCUCUGUCAUGUGAGAGCGAAGGCAUGUACUCCAACGCCUGGGUGUGGUACCAGCAAUCCCUGGCCAUGACCUCUGACCCCGAGCUCUCCAGCUUCAUCAAUGGCUUAGUGCUGUCUUUCGCCAAACGUCACGAUGAGACCUGGAGACCAGAUGAGAACCACCUCAACGACAGGAUGUCUUCAGGCAACAAGCUGGAGGUGGUGAGAUCCACAACACUAAGUGCAUGUCAAUACGGAAUACAAAAGAGGAGCAUAGAAGGCAUGAUGUGUCACGUCUCAGCUCUUGGGUCCGCCUUCCUCCUCCUGCAGCCCGCUAAGCAAGAGAUCCUCUCCCUUGAUCCCCUCAUCGUCAUGAUACACGAUGCCAUCACCAACAACCAGGCAGAUCAACUGAUUGACUUUGCGAACGGCACGAUGGCGAUGGAUACAUAUCCUGAACGACUAACCACUUUCAAAUUAUUCACUAACAACUCCCAUCCGGUGGUGGAGAUGAUGGUGCGCAAGGUGAACUACUUCACAGGUCUCCUCACAAACAACACGAUCUCCACCACUGAACUUGGAGACAAUAAGAUACGGAACUACGGCGCCGGCGGACACAUCGGGCGCCACGUGGACGUGAGGUACAAGCACGGACGACUGAACUCUUCGUAUCUCUACACGGUUGGAGACCGGUUGCUCACCUGUGUGUUCUAUCUGAACAAAGUUACUGCUGGAGGCAGCACGAAUUUCUUCAAGCUGGAUCUCGCUGUUCCUCCUGAGAAGGGCAGCGCCGUCUAUUUUUACAACUUGAAGAAGAAUGGAGAUUUCGACUUCAGGAUGUACCACAGCGGCUGUCCCGUCCUGCUGGGGUCGAAGUGGGUGGGGUUGAAGUGGGUGAGAGAGAACGACAACUUCUUGACUUACCCCUGCAGCCUCGACCCCAACGUGUAGCCUCCACCACAACGCCAACCACCACAACUACCAGCCAGCUACCACCACUUCUGCCAACAUAACCACUUCCGCUACCACCAUUUGUUCACAGCGCCGCCAUUCGUCUCACUGAGAGCGUUGAAGCUCAAUUUAUAGACAAGAAAACACCAUCUUUCUCUCUCUCCAAGUGCCGGGCAAUGCACAAACAAGGCUAUCAAAGAACGCAUCAUUUCUGCAAACAACCAAUCACCGGAGAUAUCCUAACCAACAACACCAUAAUCGACAGAUACAGCAAGAACUGAAGAUUAAACAUAGACGAAGCAAUACAUACCAAACGUUUCACCAACUAUUACAAGCCAGCUUACACUUAGGGAUACAUAACUGUGCCUGAAAAUCAAGGCAGAAGAUCCCAGCUCUCGCCUCACCCACUACAUCAGCCAACAUCGACUGGGUAACCUGCCUAUCUUGAGUAACUUCCGGGGAUCAACGGCCCCGUGGAACGGCUUCCGACCUCUCUGUUGGUCGUCUAGUCAACUAGGCUAUUGGAUGUGAGGCUGCUCGCAGCCUGACGUAUGAAUCACAGCCUAGUUGAUCAGGUAUUCUUUGGAGGUUGGUCCUAGUUUUAUGUUUACUACAUAACUUUGCUUAUGUAUGGACCUAGUUUAGUUAGGAUGAUUUUCAUUGCUAUGCUAUAUCACGCCAUUGUGAUUUCACUGCGAUAAUAUCUUCAGAAUAUAUAAUUUUGUGAAGCAAAUUAAACCAAUAAAUUAGAUCUUUAUUCAAGCAGCA